AUGAACCACCUUAUUCUACUUUUCUCCCUGUUCUUGGCUCCAGCAUUUGCUGACAAAGAAAGUCAGAAAACAAACCAGAACUUUUCUUCAAACAAUGCCAGUCAUAAAAGACUGAAGAGAGACUGGAUAUGGAACCAAAUGCAUAUCAAAGAAGAGAUUGAUACACCAUUACCACACCACGUUGGGAAGAUCACAUCAAGUGUAAGGAACAACAAUGCUAAGUAUAUUAUUGAAGGUGAAUAUGCCAACACCAUUUUUAAAGUGGAAGAAACCAGCGGUGACGUGUAUGCGUUUGAGAGGCUAGACAGAGAAAAGAAAGCAGAAUAUGAGCUGACAGCUCUCAUUAUUGACAGAAGAAACAACCAGUCUCUGGAACCCCCAUCUAAAUUCAUUAUCAAGGUUUAUGAUAUCAAUGACAAUGUCCCUGUGUUUGUACAAAAAGUAUUCAACGGAUCUGUCCCAGAAAUGUCGCCAGUAGGAACCUCAGUCACCAAAGUGACAGCUGUGGAUGCUGAUGACCCUACAGUUACAGGUCAUGCUACGGUUACCUACCAAGUCAUUAAAGGAGACGAAUACUUCACAGUUGAUGACUCUGGUGUGAUUUCUACAACAAGGGCUGAUUUAGACAGAGAGAAUCAAUCAACAUAUGAAAUUAUUGUUAAAGCAAAAGAUGCUCCAGGGUCUUCUGGGGAUUCAAGCACAGCUACAGUCAUUAUUACUUUAACAGACAUCAACGACAACUUCCCGGUAUUCAAACACCCAUCAUUUCACUUUAAAGUUCCUGAAAACAUUUCAGUAGGAGGAGAAGUUGGCAGAGUCAAAGUAGAAGAUGUUGAUGAACCACAACAUAGAAAUACGAAAUACAGUUUUGUCAGAGGAGAUUACAGGGACACCUUUGAAAUUGUAGCAAAUCCGUUCACAAAUGAAGGAAUCAUUAGGCCAAAGAAGCCCCUGGACUUCGAAAAAGUAGCAGAAUACAGAUUUGACAUUGAAGCAACAGAUCCCACAGUUGAUCUUCGCUAUUUUAAAUCCGGUGGCUCUAGGAGCAUUUCAACAGUCACCAUUGAAGUCACUGAUGUUGAUGAGCCUCCUGUCUUCACUAAACUACCAUAUGAAUUUAAAGUAAGGGAAAAUGAUCCAGAAAUAAGAACACUUGGUUCAGUUUGGGCACACGACCCUGAUGCAGCUAAACGGAAAAUCAGAUUUAUUCGACGAAGAGCUAGUCCUAAUGGAGACUAUAUUAGGGUAUCCGAUACUGGAAUUAUUCAACUUCCCAAGCCCCUGGACAGAGAAUUCAGUUCCUCAUACAACAUCACUGUAGCAGCUCAGGAAAUCCUUGAAGAUGGCCGUCUUUCUGACAGAGAAUCACAUGCCCAAGUUCAUGUAAUAGUUACUGAUGAAAAUGAUAAUGCUCCAGAACUUGUUUAUCCCGAGGAACCCAGAGUGUGUGAAAAUGCUGCACCAGGAAAGGUCAUCGUCAGGAUUUCAGCUACUGACAAAGAUGAAAUAUCACCUAGAGGUUUCUUCAAAUACUCCCUGGCCACAGAAGAUAGCAACUUCUCCUUGGUUGAGAACUAUGAUAACACAGCUAAUAUCACUGUCAAAUAUGGACAGUUUAAUCGUGAACUUGCCAAAAUCCACUACCUGCCUGUCAUCAUCUCAGACAACGGUGAUCCUGAGCUCAGCAGCACAAAUACACUUGUCAUCAGUGUCUGCAAGUGUAAUGAAAAAGGCAACUUCACUUUUUGUGAGGAAAGAGCUAAACAAGUUGGAGUUAGUAUACAAGCACUGGUGGCAAUUUUCAUCUGUAUUUUCACAAUCAUUGUUUUCUUUGCAGUAAUCACAUUGCUAAUUCUUCUAAGAAAGAGACACAAGAAGGAUUUGAGCGGUCUUGGGAGGAAUGUGGCAGAGAUUCAUGAGCAGCUUGUCACUUACGAUGAAGAAGGUGGUGGUGAAAUGGAUACCACCAGCUAUGAUGUGUCUGUACUCAACUCUGUCCGCAAGAAUGGUAUAAAGCCGGAAGCAGUUCCCUCUCCAUAUGCACAAGUCCAAAAGCCUCCUGGAAAUAUAACUUCUGGUGCUGGAGAAAUGGAAAUGAUGAUUGAGGUUAAGAAGGAUGAAGCCGACAAUGACAGGGAUUUGCUGCCAUAUGACACACUUCACAUUUAUGGCUACGAAGGUGCUGAGUCCAUUGCAGAAUCUCUCAGUUCUUUGGAAUCAGGCUCCUCAGACUCAGAUAUUGAUUAUGACUUUCUAAAUGACUGGGGACCCAGGUUUAAAAUGUUAGCUGAGCUGUAUGGAUCAGAACCAAAUGAAGAUUUUGUGUAUUAAGUUCAAAUUAGCCAUGAAUUUUCUCCCUCCCACUACAGAUAGACUUCAAGAGCCUGCCAAUGGCCAAAGAAGAACUCGCAGCUCUUCAUCCAAGCCAUACUAUGAUUUCAAACAGACAUGAAAAAAAACCUGACAGCAGUAGGUUUAAAAAGAAACACAUGGAUCACGUAUAUUGACUUCCCCCAGCACUGCUAUCCUUGCUAACAUUCAGUUCUUUCCCCAAAAUUGCUGCUCGAGGACCUGCUCGAGCCUUCUAGGACAUAACUCCUCUCCCUAUCCAGACAGACACUUCUCCUUAAAAAGUGGUUUUGUCCCCAGUUUCUCCUUCAUUCCUCU